CACCGCAGCAGGGGCGGUCUUUGAAAAGUUUUCAGGAAGCUGCUUGACAAAACGAAACUGUCCAAACUUUGACAGGAAGACUCUUCAGCUCGUCUUUAACGGCAUUUUUGGGAUCGAAAAGAUGCAGAGCAGCGCAUACGGGGCUUCGUUGGCUGGUGGUGCUUUUGAUGUCGCCAACUUCAUAAAACAGCCUCAAACUAUCUUGCGCUGCCUGAGCUGGUUGUUCUCCAUCGUGGUUUUUGCAACCAUCACAGCAGAAGGCUACGUCAACCCUACGAGGGAGGAAAACACCAAAUGCAUGUUUAAUAAUAACGACAGUGCCUGCAGCUACGGGGUCGGCAUCGGAGUCUUGGCCUUCUUGGCUUGUGUUAUCUUCCUCAUACUGGACGCCUACUUCCCACAAAUCAGCAAUGCCAAGGAGAGAAAACUCAUUGUUAUGGGAGAUUUGGUUUUCUCAGGAGCUUGGACGUUCCUGUGGUUCAUCUGCUUCUGUGUCCUCGCCAACCAGUGGUCCAAAACCAUUGACCAGGCUGCCGUGUCUGGUGACGCCGCCAGGGCCGUGGUGGCCUUCUCCUUCUUUUCAAUCAUUACCUGGGCUCUCUUGUCCUACUUUGCUUUUGGAAGGUACCGCCAAGGCGUCAGCGAGUUUGACCAGGAGUACAGAGACCCAGCCAACGACCACAAUACUCCAUACCCGCCCUCUCCGUACGGGGGCGGCGGCAGCAGCAGCGGCCCCACGGGCUACCAGCAGUCACCUUUCUCCCACAGCCAGGAGCAGCCGGGGGAGUACCAGCCUCCAGCUUAUUAAAAGACUGAGAUUCGAGCACAUGGAUUCAUCACGGGAGUGCGCUUUCUAAGAAAAAAAAUGGUUGUGUGUGCCAAUGGUUUUAUUUACAACUGCACUCCCAUUUACUUCCUGCAGAACAUGUUUGCAUACUUUUGGGUGCACUGAUGUAUUUUUAGCUCAUGUCAUUGUUCUAAGUUGUGUGGUGGAUGUUUGCUGUGUUAUUCAAAGUGCCACACAGAGCAGGUGAACUCUGAUUUUUUAAAAAUUGUUUUUGAGAAGGAGAUUGUCUUGGUAAGAGAGAGGAUGACCGUGCCAUUGUUGUCUUUGUACCAAACCAAUUAUAGGUAUUUCAUAGCCCUUUUUGUUUGUCUUCUGAGUGCGAGCUGUUAAUGUCAAAGCACUAAUCAAGAAACAGGUUAGGAUUUACAUUGUUGCAGGGAAAUCUACUUUGCAAUUUUAAGAUGGAACAUAGAAUGUUUUUAUGAAUAUGUUACUGUUUAGUUCAGCAUUUUUUUUUCAUUCAUAUACAGCAAUUCAAUACCACAGUUCACUAGAUAUUGUUUUUCGACCACAGAACAAACCCAUAGUAUUUAAUCAAUGGGUGCAAUGGAAAUGUGACUACUGUAAUGCCAUGUUUUUCUUCCUUUUUUUAAUAAUCAACCACUAAAAAAUGGCUUUUAAACACUGAACAGCACAGUCCAUUUCUGCCAAUAUCCGAUCUUGCAUUGUUAAUUUUAAUGUUUGAAAUCCUGCAACAAUUACCAUUUUUAGAAUUGGUAUUCUGCUUUAUUUUUUUAAGGUAGCCAAAGCAUUGAUUUGUAUCCGCUACCUCUGUAGAAGUUUAUUGUGCCUUUCUUGAUUUGUCUUUAAAAAAAAAUCCAAUUCAGAAAAUGUUUUAGCCAUAGUUCAAUUUCAGGAAUUCAGUCAUGUUGUGGUAAAUUGAUAUAUAUUUAUUAUCUUACUUAAUCAUUUCAGUCCUGGUAUCUGACAAUCAAACCUUUUUUUUCUACAUCACUUUUUCCUCUUGCUUUUUCUUACACUGUAAUUGUACCUUUGCACGUGUUGCAGUUUCACUGUUCAACUCAAUGGCUUUACAAUAAUUCCCCAUUAAAGUGCCUUCAUACAGUAUUCUGUAUCACACGGGGCUUGCCAAAUAAAAACUGCUCUCGUUUUGAA